AUGGAGCACAGAGGGAAGAGUUAUGUGAGGAGUGGCAAUUUCACUGACGCUGAUAAAGAAUUUGUGUGGUCUCUUUGGAAACAUCUCCAGAUGUCAAAACCAGAUCUUACUCAAGCUGUCAGCUUGGUUGUGGAAAGAGAAAAACAGAAAGCUGAAGUCAAGGACAGAAGCAUUUUAGAGGUUUUGCAAGCCAAAGACAGCAAAAUAGAAUCUUUAGAACAGAGGCUCACAGGACAGCAGCAGGAGAUAAACAGCUUAAUGCAGAGAAAAAGUGCUGUGGAUGAGGAAAAUGCCCGUUUGAAGAAUGAAUUUGGUAACUUGAACCGGAAAUUUAAAGAUAAAAGCCAAGAACUUAAGGACACUGAGGAGUGUGCACAGAAGAAGAAAGAGCAAAACAGACUGGUUAUAAAAAACCUGGAGGAGGAAAACAAGGGAUUAAAUAUAUGCUGUGCCGACCUGCUAAGUGACCUGGAGAAACUGAGGAAGCAGGAAGCACAAUGGAAAAAAGAAAAAUCUGGCAAUGAUACCAGAAUAAAGAAUUUGGAAACCGAUUUAGCAGAGACAAGAGCAAAAAGUUUGCAGAGUAUAUGCAGUAACUUGUCAUCUCAGGCAGAUGUGAAACAGGAAGAACUUUUCCAAAAGGAUUGUGAUGUGGUUGGAGUUAAAAAGGAGCUAGAGGAGCUACAGAAACUUUACAGACAAAACAUUGAAGAUAGAACACAGCAGGCUGAGCUGAUAAAGCAGCUAGAGGCUCUCAGUGCUGAUAUACAAAAAGUACUGCAAGACCAUGAAUAUGCUCACACAGCUAAAACAACAUAUCAAAAAGUAUUUCAACAGCCUUCUUUAAGUGAGCUAGAGGACUAUAUUACAGUGCAAGAAUCUGAAAUGGAGCUUUUACAGAAAAAAUUGAAGGAAGGGAAUCCUAACCUAGCAGAGCAUAAUUUGUACACUGCAGAUACUCUGGAAAGCAACAAUAUAAGGACUGGAAGAAAGCAUGAGAAACCACCUGUGAAACGUUCAAGGUCUCUGUCCCCAAAGAGCUCUUUUAGAGAGUCAGAGGAACUAAAGAAGCUUAAAAUAGCUGAAAGGAAGAUUGAAAACUUAGAGAAGACACUACAGCUAAAGUCUCCAGAAUCUUAUGAGCUAAGAGCAGCCUAUGGAAACCACGGAGAAAUGCUGCAGAUGUUUCAGACCAACUACAGAGCGCUAAAAGAGCAAUUAAAGCAGUGGGAAGAGGGCAAUAGCAGCUUUGAAAAUACUAAAAGCAGAUACCAACACACAAGCUCCUGUCAGCUUUGUCAAGACGAUCGUGAUGUGAUGUGGAAUGAGCUGGCUUUUUUCAAAAGGGAGAACAAAAAGCUGCUGAUUGAGAAGCUGAAUCUUAAGAAAGAAUUGGAUCAGACAAACAUACACCAUUCUUCUUUGCAGAAAGAGAAGGGGAAAGAUAACCAAUGGGGAAUUAAAGAAACAGAAGUAAAUAAAGACUUACUGAAUGAGAAAGUGCAUUUGAAAGAAUCUUUAAAAGUACAAAAGGAAGUUGCAGACACAAGAAAAAGAGUGCUGGAAACACUACUUAAGAGGAUUUGUGAGGUAAAAAAAGAAAAAGCAGAACUUCAAUUCGUGAUUGAUGAGAAGGAAAAAGAAGCUGCCUCUUUGAAGAGGCAAGUGACAGAAGCUAACAGGUUGAGAAAUGAAAGUGAAGAUUUGCUGAGUCAAGUGCAGGAGCAGAAGUGUUUGCUGGAUAAAGCCAAAGCAGUGGCAAUCUCUGGGUAAUGUAAUUGCAAGAUAACAGGCACCAAGGUUAAAUUAAAACCAGCCAAGAAAAAGAGCUCUUUGGGACAUCAUGGAGCUUUUCUCAAACAGUCCAUCAAGGUUAUGAGUAAUGUGUUUGAGAACUUCAGUAAGGACGGCUGGGAGGAUGUGAGUGAAAGCAGUGACUCUGAAAUACCAACUUCUGAAAGGUUGGAAACAGUGAUUAGGAAGACAGAAAAGGAUUUGAAAACAUGGUUUAUGAGUGUGAAAGAAAGUAUUGCACAAAUAGCAUUAGCAUUAGCAGUUGGGAACACCAGUUUAACAGAAUUCUUUAAUCCAUCCAAAGGAUUUAAGGACCCUGCUGUGAGCAGAGCAAAAGGGAGAAAUAUCACUGUCCAGAAACCAGGCAACUCUGUUACUCUAUUGCAGGAAAAAAUUAAGCCGCUGCAGAAAGUAGGUAGCGUUGUACAGAGGAAAAAAAAGACAACGGUGACUUCCAUUAAAAAUGUUAAACAAACCGAUGAAAAAUUAACAAGUCAGCUACAUUUGGCUGAUCAGAGACUUCAAGUUAAUAAACUGACCAUAGAAAUUUUGACCUCCAACAUGGCCAAGUGGCAACAGGAGAAGGAAGAUCUACAAGGAAAAUUAAAGUUGAGAGAACAUCUGCCUCAAACUGCUGGCAAGAGUGAAGCCACACCAGCUCCUUCAAAGAACAUUGAUUUAGAGAUGAAACAGCUGCAGUGCAAACUAAAGAAUUCGAACACUGAGAUCGCUAAGCAAUCGACCACCAUUAAGUCACUGAAAAAACAAGUCCAGGAAAAAGAAUGGAUUCGGGAGCUGCCAGCGAAAAUAUCUGAGUUGGAGAGGGACGUUACUAUGAAAAGACACUUGAUAGAAGACUUAAGGUCUUGCCUAAAAGCAAAUCAAGAAAAUGAGAAAACCUCAAAUCAAAUAUUGGAAAGUCUUGAGAGAAAGGCGAAGGCACUGGCUGAUGACAAAAAAGCUUCCAUUGACUCAAUGAAACAAAGGUUUAAUGUAGCUAUGAAAUAGAAGUCUCAGUAUGAGCAGAUGUAUCACAAAGCCAAAGAUGAUUUGGAGUAAAAGGAUCUCAAGAUUACUAAACUCUAGAGAGAAGUGAUUGAGAUUGAAUGUGCUAUGACUGAGCUUGAAACUGCUGCAUCUCAACAAUUACAUGGCUUAGCUAAGCAGAGUACUUAGGCUUUGGAAACUAUACAGAAGGAGCUGCUGCUCACUAGUGACAAAGUAGAAGAGUUCAAGAUAUUUGUGAAGAAAAUGGAAUUUGAAAAAAAUAAAGAAUGGCUACAGCAUAUACAGAAACUUCUUGAAGCACAGUUUCCUUUUGCCUCAUACUUAAUGGAUGCUGUACUGGAAAAAUUAAAUAAGAAGAAGAAAUUGGUAGAAGAGUACAGUUCCCUCAUGAAGCACACUGUAUGAUAUUGCUAAGAUUUAUAUUUGCAAAGUGUGACUAAAUUGUGUACUGUUUCCUCAUGUCUUUCCUCUUCUCAUAAAGAACUGUCAAUAUGCAUGUUCAAUACAUACACAGAAACCAUGAACUAAUUAAUUGUUGAACAAGAGGAAUUAAUUAAAUUCCUAUUAGAAAGCAGUGUGGUAUUUGAUUCCUGAAGAGAAGAAUUGCUGCAAAUCAAUGCAAAGCUCAAAAUUAUUUUCCUUUAAAUGCAUUGGCAGUGAACACUGUGCAGGCUCUGUAGAGAGAGGAUGUCUUCGUUAUGACUAAUACACAUCUGUACAAUUUUGAAAGGACAAAAAGCAGCCAAGUAACAUCUGCUUGUACUAAUCAGAACAGUAGAAGUAGGAUUUACAAAGGAACUAAUUCAUUUUAGCUUCUUUGUAAAGCCCAAUUUUAUGAUAUAUGCUACAUAAAACUAUAUGCUUUUAUGUUAGAAAAAAUGAAUCAUUGUAGAAUAAAAAUAUUCUGUGUGGAGUAAUACAGGAAAAACUGUACUUACCUCUGAGCAUACUGGAGCAAAAUGUGUGAAAUGUAUUUUAAAAAUUCAAUAAAAUGAAGUUUUUUCUAUUA